GACAAGAGAAUGCAAGGCGUUGGAUGCACCGUCCGGAAGCGCUGCAAAAAGCUCAACAGCUUGGUCAUUGUUUGAUCAACUAAAUUUUCUUAAACCUUACGUGAAACCACGAAAUAAUCGAUGCACAUUCAACGUGUUGGAGGAAACCGUUUCGCUAGUCUCACCUUCCUCGCAAAUGUCAUCCCCUAUUUUAAAUGAAAGCCAUGAUUCUAUGCCACAAUCACCACCGCUAUUUCCACUAGAAGAGCAAGAGCAAUUGUCGGGUGUAGUGGCACCCCGUCGAAAGCGCAAAAAGUGUGAUAAUGGCAACGAAGAAUUUCGUGAGGCGUUGGAGUUGUACAAAAAUGUUUGCAAAGUACAGCUGGCACCGAAAUGCAGCGAAACCUUGCGAGCUUUUGGGCAGAUGAUUGUUGCCACCAUUGGCGAAAUGAGUGCUGAGAAGCAAAUCAAAGCCAUUCAGCUUGUGACGAAUACAGUAAUGGCUCUUAAAUUGGAGCAUGAAGCAGAAGUUUCGCCGUAGACUCCAAAUUCACAAUCUUCGCACAUUCGGAAUGUGUAUCUUCAUUUAACAGUAUGUAUGUACAUACAUACGUACGUACAGUGGUCCACAAAAUUAUAGGAAAUUAAUAUACGGCCAGUUUUGAAUAUUUGUCUUUUGUUUAUUUAAUGUUUAUUAUUCUUUUUUUAAGUCUAGCUGGUUG